AUGGAGUACACGACAUAUACGAGAUCUGUAAAUCAUGAGAACACAAAUUGUAUCAACAAAUGUCAAAACAUAAGUCAGCUUAAAAUAUCCGUACAGAGUUAGUUUGAAAAACUUUCCAAAAUGAUAACCACAAAGAAGGUACGUGCAGGUCGAGCGAGAGAUCGUAUUGACAGAAUUGCCAGAGAUUACAGGCCAAUAGACAAUCAUGACUGUGCCUUACCAAUAGCAGAAGAUUAUCUGUCGAUGUACUUGAGCGAAGGAUAUUUUGUCCUCAUGAGGAGAAGGUUGAAGCAACAGUUUCUCAUAUCGGAAAAACUGACAAAAACUAAGCUGGUGUUCAGGUCUUCGUUGAGGAUUGGAAUGGAGAAGCAGAGACAUCUUCGGCAUUAUUAUUGGACAAUACAUCCGUUUAGCAAUUUCAGAUUUUACUGGGAAAUUUUUAUGGGCUUCAUUUUUUUAACUACAAUGAGUUAUAUGCCGUUGUAUGGUAUCAAUGUCCUGAAUCCUCUAACGUCAAGUUGGAGCAACACAUACUACCAUGUGUUGAAUGCUGUGUGCAUCGUAGAUAUGAUAAUCACCUGCUUCACUGGUUAUCAUGACAAGAAUACGGAGACAGUGGUUUUGAACUUGAAGCAAGUAUUCAAGCAUUACCUAUUUGGAUAUCUCGUUUUUGAUUUCAUUGCUUCCAUGCCCAUAACCCAUAUCAUUCUCUUUGCUGGAAAGGAAUACAAUCAAUGGUAUUGUACGAUCAAUAGAUACGUGAGAGUGGUCAGACUUUUCACUGCUAUCAAAUACAUGGAUAACUUGAUGGAUAUAAUCAAGCUCAAGAAUCAUAAGAGGAUACUUCUCAACCGACUGAUAGUUUUCGCGAUCAUGGUAGAAUAUGCAACCUACUUUGCCUUCCUUAGCAACAUAUGGAUAGUGAACCGUCUGCAGUUGUGGACCAUCAACUAUAAGAUUUUCAUGAAAAUGAUCUACUGUACAUUGAGAACAUUAUUCCUCAUAAAACCUCAUCAUUACGGCCUGCAGACUACCAGGAUCUUCAUCAUAUUCCACCAGCUUAUUCUUUUGCAUUGCGGUAAUUUACUUAACGCCUUUCUUUUGGCUAUGAUGUUGAGGGUAUACAACCGUACGAGUAUGGUCUUGAGGAAGCAUGAACAUUUGGCUAGACAGGUGAAGGAAUACGCCAAAUUCAAAGAGCUUCCAGACUCCAUGGACAAGAUUCUUUUACAAUUUGUCGAUUUCAAAUUUGGUAGAAGGAUCUACGACGAAGAUCUCAUUUUGGGGACCCUCACACCUCACAUGAAAGACGAACUAUUCUUCUUAUACAGUCAGAAAUUGGUCGAGAAUGUGGAACUUUUCAAAGAUAUGCCCACCUCGGCCAUCAAGAGGAUCGCGGUAAGGUUGAAGCCGGAAAUACUCCUUCCUAACGACGUAAUUAUACAGGCUGGCUACGAGGGCUCCAGCAUGUACUUCAUAAUAGCGGGCAUCGUUGCCGUUUAUACCAUAAACGGAAAAGAGGUGUGUCAUCUAACAGACGGUGCGAAUUUUGGAGAGAUAGCCCUCUUGAUGAACGAGACAAGGACAGCGAGCAUCGUCGCAGCUGAUUUCUGCGAACUGUUCAAAUUGAACAGGAAGGAUUUUCAGGAAGCCAUUGAGCCGUUUCCGGAGUUGAAAGAGAGGAUGGUUCAGAUCGCUAGGGAGCGAUAUACAACAAUUUUGUCGUUUCCGAGUAAUGAGAAUGAAGAAGUUUGAAAGUUCAACAGUAUAAGUAGAGCUUGGCUU